AUGACGACGCAGUGGCGAUGGUGGAUGCUGGGUGUGCCAACGGCAGUGGCUUUGGAGAACGGCCUGGCUUUAACGCCUCCCAUGGGAUGGAUGACCUGGCAGCGCUACCGCUGUAACAUGGACUGUGACAGCGAUCCCAGCACCUGCAUCAACGAGCAGUUGAUCAAAGAGAUGGCCGAUCGCAUGGCCGAGGAUGGUUGGCUGGAGGCGGGCUACCGCUAUGUGAGCAUCGACGAUUGCUGGAUGACCAAGGAGCGUGAUGCCCAGGGUCGCCAGGUCGCUGACCCCAAGCGAUUUCCUUCGGGGAUGGCGGCCUUGGGUGACUACAUCCAUGGGAAGGGCUUGAAGUUCGCCACCUACGGCGACAUCGGCGCGAAGACGUGCCAAGGCUUUACCGGUUUCCAAGGCCACUUCGAGCAGGAUGCGCAGACCUUUGCGGAGUGGAAGGUGGACUACUUGAAGGUGGAUGGAUGCUUCGAGUCGCCCAAGGACAUGGCGCGCGACUACCCAGCCUUUGGCGCCGCCUUGAACCAGACGGGGCGACCCAUCGUCUACAGUUGCAGCUGGCCGGCCUACAUGCCUUCGCACUGCGAGAAGAGCGAUCACUGCAUGGAUUCGUUGGUGGAACAUUGCAACCUCUGGCGGAAUUUCGAUGACGUCCAGGACAGUUGGGACUCGGUGAAGAGCAUCGCCAACUUCUGGCGCCGCCGCAACGCCAGCGACGAGAUGGUCCGCGCUGCCGGGCCGGGGCACUGGAACGAUCCCGACAUGCUGCUGGUGGGCGACUUUGGUCUUUCGCCCUCGCAGGAGCAGACCCAGUUCGCGCUGUGGGCCAUUUGGGCUGCACCGCUCUUCAUGUCCAACAAUUUGAGAGACAUCAAGCAAAGCUCCAAGGAGAUCCUGUUGAACCGGGAGAUCAUCGCGGUGAAUCAGGACCUGUUGGGACACCAGGGCUUUUGCGUGGGCGGCUGCGAUGGCGAUCUUCGCAUCUGGGCGAAGCCCUUGGUAGGGGGUGAGACGGCGGCGGUGCUGCAGAAUCUACAGGAGGGUGGCGACGGGGAGAACAUCACCCUGACGAUGGCCAUGCUUCCCUGGAAGAGUCGUCGCAUCUUUAAAGCCCGGGACCUCUUCGCCCAACAGGACCUAGGCCUCUUCCGGGAAGAGCUGACGCUCUAUGUGCACGUGAACUCGUGCAGGAUGGUGAGGCUCUCCGAUGUCAUUGAGAUGAUGGUCUGA